GGUAAUUUUCCAUUCAGAGGACAUCUACUUGUCCAGAGAAGGUUAAUUUGAAGAUGGUAUUAUUUCCAAAAUCCUCCAAACAUCAUGAAAAUCUUCUAUGUCUGUAAGGUAAUGUAAUGAACCAUGAUAUGAAAAAAUGGAGAAUAGGAACAACGUGACAGAGUUUGUUCUACUGGGACUCACAGAGAAUCCAAAGAUGCAGAAAGUCAUAUUUGUUGUGUUUUUGGUCGUCUACAUCGUCUCUGUGGUAGGAAAUGUUCUAACUCUGGUCACUAUCAUUUCCAGCUCAUUAUUGGAGACCCCCAUGUACUUUUUCUUGGCCUACCUCUCCUUCAUUGAUGCCUGCUAUUCUUCUGUCAAUAACCCUAAAUUGAUCACAGAUUCACUCCGUGAAAAGAAGACCAUCCUAUUCAAUGGAUGUAUGACCCAAAUCUUUGGGGAACAUUUCUUUGGAGGUGCUGAUGUCAUCCUGCUUACUGUGAUGGCCUAUGACCGCUAUGUGGCCAUCUGCAAGCCCCUGCACUACACGACCAUCAUGAGUCGGUGGAUGUGUGGCCUGCUAAUGGGAGUGGUGUGGGUGGGAGGCUUUCUUCAUGCAACCAUACAGAUCCUCUUCAUCAUC